AUGAAAAAAGUUUUUUGCUGCUGUUGGAAAAAGCAAGCUUCCAAAAAAUCAACUGACAGUGGGACUUCAAGAACUUCUGGCUCAACUAAUGGACCCCAUGAUAUCAAUCAUACUAAAAACAAAGAAGACAAAGCCCAUGCAAUUUCAGAAACUCCGAUUCUUAUAGAAAACUCAGAGUCCAAAAUUCAUACUAAGUCGCCUAGAAAAGACAAACGAAGCCAUACUCAAGGCUUAUCACCUACCGAUCACCCUUUAUCUACGUAUGUUUUCCCUAGAACAAGCACUUCUAAUUAUUAA